AUGGGAUCCACUAAUCUCGGAAAGCUGGCCAAUUUGCCAGCAGAAGUCCGAGCCAAAGUCUGGGAGAAUCUCAGAUCACAAGGCGACAACAUGAAGACUUCGAUGAGCAUCCUCAGCACAUGCCGCCAACUGUACCACGAGGUAUCCCAUCACAUCUACUCCAAAGAAAUCCUCACCUUCAAUCUAUGUCCCAUCUACGACCGAAGAUCAUGGAUCAGUGUAACCAGCUCCUUCGGCACGACCAUGCUCGAGAGCUCGAGCCAUGCAAAAUCACUUGGCUUUAAAGACCUCCCCUAUCACCAACUCCAAGGGAUAGAGAUUCAGAUCGAGGCACCAGACCCACGCGAUCCCGGCCAGCUGUUCAACCUCUGGGCAAAAGCCCGCUCGCUUGUAGACCUCCUCCUCAGCGAACGUGGCCGGCUUCCAGAAGUGGCCAUCCACCUCCUCGCCACAUCUCCCGACUCAUGGUUUUCAAAUGGAAACCUACAAUCCAGUAUCCCGCACCCGCUAGGAGACUACAUCGAUGCCGGCGUCAUCCUUCUAGAAUUGUGCCGCAUCCGAAACUGCAAAGCCGAGAUCCAUGUUCCGCCCGCAUUCAAGGGGAAUGCCACACUUGACAAAUUCCUCGCGUUUUUCAAGUUCGUGAUUGGACUGGAUAAGCCCUUUGGAGCUUUCUUUCACAAAGAGGGCGAUGGGACAUGGGCCGACGAUGCAACGGCGGAGUGUCUGGAUAGCAAUUUUGUCGAGCUUCACAAUGCGCUUGACGAGCUGCGCGGUCCGACGGCUGCGAUGAUGCGUCUGGAGCGCUUCAGGGACUGGUAUGAUGACAACUGUCUGGGCGGAACGUCAAGCUAUCUCGAUGAGCUAGCGAGGGUUCUGAAGACUUCUGUGGGGGAAGAGGAAGAGGGUGGGGAUGGGGUAAUUCAUGACAAGGUUGCCCGUAUCAAGUGGCGACAUCGUCUGAUGGUCGCUUUCAAUCCCUUGUCUGCGAAAAUGCAGCAGUUCAACGCUAAGAGGGAGGAGUUGUUUGGGUUGACUAUAGAUGGUGCUCAGAUCAUGAGGUGUUUUGAGGGAUGGUCGGGCUUGAGUAUGUGGACUCAGAAGCAAUGGGAACGAUACUGGCUCGCCGGACAGGAUGAGCGUCGGGGUUGGGAAUACGACAAUUAUAAGAAGCUGGACAGAACAGAGCGAAAGAAGAUACGAAAAAAUGAGGAGAAAGUGAAGCUCACGACGUUGGGGCAUGGUGUUCCAACCAAACCUAAGGAAGACGGAUGGGACAGAGAAGAAUGGUUCAAGUUUUACCCCAGAGGAAUUCCGCUAUUGGGUGCAGCGUUGUUCAAGUUUGAGCUUUCCAUGGGCCAGUUGUGGUCUGAGGACUCGCCAUUGGCGCCCCGAGAGAAGUUCAAGGACUGGGAGUAUGCAAAGCUUUCUUGGGAACAGGAGCUGAGAUACAGAAUGAUGGUCGAGACGAAGAAGUACGAGGCUAAUAAGCGUUCGAACGAAGCGUCUUCGGGCUACCUUCAGAAUUUAUAUCUUGAUUUGAUGUCCUUGUCAUAA